AUGUAUACCAGCACUAGGGACGGCCAGAACGGGCAGCACGCCCCCAGCCACUUCGGCAAGCCCACCACCAUCAGCGUAAUCCUCAACAGCCUGACUUGUGGCAUAAUACCCAAGGAUUACAAGCUGCCGCCCCCUCCGCCCGUGCCCAAGGGUCCUGCUCGGCCCAGUCCACCUCCGGAGCACCUUCGCCCGGGCCCGCGCAGGACUAUUUACCCUGACUUACCGCUGAGGGAAAAGGAGCAGCACCAAAUCCCCAAGAGAAUGCGCCAGCAGCCUCAGACCAGCCACCGCCGCCCUCCAAUCCCGACAAUAUUCCUUACUCCCCCACCUGAGGAUGGAUGGAUUUGA